AAAAAAAAAACGUGCGGUCAACCAAACCAAAAUAAAAAAAAAAACAAACGAAGAUAAUAAAAACAAAAAGGCAACAAAACAAAAAAAGGAUACAAGCUCUUGUAUUUUUGUUAGUAAGUCGUCGCCAUAUGUUAUUUUGUAAAAGCAUUAUAAAACCGUUAGCUUCAAGGAUUUCGCGAUAGUGUAGAGUUUUUAAACUCACAAAAAAAUUUACACUUAAUCCUAUGGGAUUUUGUGCAGUUUUAACAGAAAAUUUGAAUUAAAAGAUAAUAAAUAAAAGUUAGUUAAACAUAGUGCAUAGCUUAGUUUAAACGGAUUUAUUCUUAUUUUUUCUGUUUCGUCCUUUUUUUCCAUUUAAUGUUUGCUGGUUCGUUUGUGCGUUAAACGACCUUAAAUUCAUCACAUCAACAUGAACAACAUCCAUCGCUAUUUCUAGAGCCGGGCUAACAGAGUAAAACAGAGUAAAAAACAGAGUACCCAACCUUCAACUCAUCCUAAUUGCGUGCCUUUUGGUUUUAAAUCCCUGCUCUUUCCGGUUUUUUUUUUUAUAUCCUUUUUUUUUGUUUUUGUGUUCAUUUUUCUCUGCUUUUCGCGCUAGCUUUCGAGGGCGAAUUAUUUUAAAUAGCUUUCUUUGGUGUAACAGCAGCGUAACACUUAAAUGGCAGAGUGCUAGAUAAGAGAUUUCCCUCAAAAGGAACGUCGUCGUAGUCGUCGCGUGGUUCAGCAGGACGACAAGUGUGUUGUACGUAGUUGUUGUAAACGAAAAAAAAAACUUAAUACGGCGCGAAUGUUUUUUUUUUUUUGUGUACUUUUGUGUAUAGGUCCUUGUAGAUUUUUUUUACCCUUAUCCUCUUCUAAGGGAUGUAUGUAAAACGAUUGCGGAUUUGUUGAAUGUACUUCAAGUAUUUUUUUUUGUGAAUACUGAUGCUGAUUCGGCACUGCUUUUCGUUACAAUCGUGUGUCGUCGCGGUGUAGUUCUGCUACAAAUGUAAGUUGAUUCGUAUUCAUAUUUCUUCGUCCUUGGAACAGGGAAAAUAUAAAUUACUAUACACAAGUUUUUUGUGUUUUGAAGCGCAUUUCAAAGUGUUACUUGACAAAAAAUAAAAAUAAAAUUUGUGAUGUUUGAGAUACGCGGAUUUAUUCAAAAAAGUUUAUGUUAACUUUCCGACAAAAAUUGUAACAUAACUUUAUGUCAACAUCUAAUUGGUUAACAAAAUAAAAAAAAAUCACUGUGAUUAAAGAGAUUCCUUUGAAAAAAAAGUUCCAAUACCUACUUUCACUCUUCAAAAAAAACACAGGUUUAUCUUUCCGUAUCGUUGAGCUGCAAUUGACGGAAUCAAGUUGCCACAAGGACGAAAAUCAUUUGUUAAGGAAAUAACAAAAAAAAAAAAAAAACAUACAAAAAAACAAAUCGAAACAAUAAUAAAAUUUAAAAGAAGAAGAAGAACAAACAAUAACACACAAACGAACAAGGGAUGAUUGAGUAGCUACGACAACGACGACACUGCCCUAGCAUCAAUUUUCGGGACUCUUGUUCUUGUUCGGUUUAUUUUUUUUGUUAUUCAAGGACCAACUUUGUGUAUGGUUUCUUCUGGUAGGCAUCAUCACAUCCAUCGCCAUCAGGACGAAGACGAGUAGGCAUCACAAACAUUUGCGAAAACUGCCAACCGCAACACAAAACUGAGGUCAUAAACACAUCAAUAAAAGUCAGAGCCAACAUCAAAUGUCCACACUCUCACAAAAACAUAACAACAAUCCUCUUAUCUCCUAUAUAAAUCCACAAUCAACAACCAAAAGAAAGCAAUAAAAACUGCACACAGGAAAAAAAUAUACAAAAAUAUAAAAAAUAUUAAACUUAAGGUACAUCUAUGAAGUAGUAGAAAAACGUAAAAGGAUAAACAAGAAAAAAAGAUAGAAAAAACCUCAAGGCAGACGAAAACGAUCAAAUAAUCUUUUAUAUCACUCAACGUGGUUGACAUUAAAAAUAACAUCAUCAUCGUCUUCUCCACCUCCGCACUCUCUCUAAAAUUCUUCUAGAAUAGGAGUAAAAAUCAACAUCCGCACACUCACAAUUCGCCCUAAAGGAACACAGCGGACAACUUUUUUUUUGACACGGAACCAUAAAUGUUAAAAUAAUAAUGUGUGAUGUCGUGAAAUAAGUCUAAAGAAGAGUCAGUCUCUGCAGAAAUAACAUACACACAAGAAAUUGUUUCCAUAUUCGUCAGUCAAGUCUUUGUUAAAUAUUCUUUCCAUAUCGUUUAUCUAAACAGAAAAAAAAAGAACCUCAGGAUUCGUGUCUUCUCCCUAGAAAAUCCUAAGAUAACACUCUCGAAAAUUGCCCCGUUUACAUGCCAAUCAAAAAAAGCUUAUAAAUAGAGGUUCCCUCUCUUCUUCACAGAUGCGAACGGUUUAAAGUAAUAAUAUUUACGCGAAAAAAAAACGGCCGGCUCCGGCCGGUUCCAUCUAUAUAUCUCUUCAAUAAAUUUUCAAUGAAAGUUAAAUUUCAGAAAAAUUAAUAAAAAUAACAUACAAAUCGAUCAACAGCUUCCGUAGAGCAGAUAGAUUGUUUGAAAAAAGAACAAGUAGAACCAAUAGAUACAAGAUACAUCUGCGAAUGUUUAUUAUCAUUGUGUUUUACUCCAAAAAAAAGAUACUGGAAGCUGCUUGCCUCUCUUUCAGCUGAGUCCCAUCAUCAUCAUCAUCAUCAUCGUUCGUUGGGUUGAUUGCUUGCUCGUCGACCGUUUGUCAUUUAUUCAAAAUAAUAAACAUCCCGAGAUACUAACUCCGGGCAUCAGGCAAAAAAACACAGGAAGAAGACGAGAAGAGAAGGCAAAGUAUCUAAUAAAAAUUUUAAGGGGCCAACAGAGCUCUGUUUCUAACGUCUCUCGGUCGUCGUCGGUGUUUGCUGUUGGGGUUACACUAUCCGACAGAGAACACGAGAAGUACGAAACAGGCGGCCACGGCCAACCCUCUCAACAAAAAGAAAGUGGAGUGUGCGCCUGCCCCUGGAAGUUUGUUGGCAUCCAUACGAAACCCGGUGGUCGUGGACGUUGUCUUUCAACCAACUGCCGGCAUACUAGUUUCGCAUUCAUCCUCAAUAACAUCAUCGUCAAACGUCGUCGGAGUUUGCUGUGUAUUUUAUUCGUGGCGCUCGACUCGCUUCGUCUUUUGAAAAAUCAUUUUUUUGUGAUUUUGUUUCCACCCUAAAGUGGAACAUCAUUUUUCUGCUCAGUGAAAACCAAGACUGAUACGCGAUUUUGAUUAGGGCUGGUUCUUCGCACCCUCGCACUCCUCGUCCCUCUUCGUUGUUAGAUGAGAAACCAUCAUCAGCGACCAGAAGACCAUUCUUUAUCCCAACAAUCUCGGCAACACGAAGUCUUGAAGUAGUGCUACAAGCACUCGAACAAGUCAGCUAGCAACUGCUAAAGAACACGGUACCGAACCGUACCUCCUUAGAGUUGGAAGAAGGAGCUAAAAACAAGACAAAUUGUUGAACAUUUUUCCGGGAGAGAGCAACAAAACACAAGAAAAAAAAAAUAAUAGAAAAAUUUCAAUCCAUCGUCGUCGUCGAGAUAGAUUUUGUAUCUUUUUCCGCUUCCCCCAGAAAAAAAAAAACGAUAUGAAGACGAAAACGAUGUCUUCUUUUGCUGUAAAAGUGAAUAUCACCGCGUUUUGUUGAAGAGAUAUCAUUCAAGAAAAAAGAAGUGCCAAAUAAAUACGUUACGCGUGGUGGCAGUGUCUUCUUCUAUUUUGUCGGUUUGGAAACUAUAACAAACGGUCGUUGUCGAAUUUUGUAUCUUUUUUAGAUUUUUUUUGUAUCUUUUUUUUUUUUUUUUUUUUAUUUUUUGAUAUAUUGACAUCCUUAAUUUGAAUGUACGGAUAAAUUAAUUGCGCAUGAAAGUCGAACUAAUUAAUGUGUAACAUAUGAGAGGUUCUAAUUCAAGCUCAAGUCCAAGGAGGCUGCUAUUCCAACAAAAACAACAACAACAUUUUAACAACUGCAGCUGAUGAAAAUAAUAUUAUUAUAAUGAUAAAAAAUGUUUAAAAAUUCUGACACCUUUGGGUGGAUUUUUAAAAAAAAUAUUGCUCUACCGUAAAUGUCUUUUUAUUUGUCGGUUGUUGAAGACAUAUUCAUUUUUGAAGGACAUCCCAUCACAUCGCACAUUCGUCUACAUAAAUUAUAUCAUUAAAUAUAUUUCGAGUGUUUGAAAAGAGUAAAAAAAAAAAGUUUUUAAUUGGAAAAUACAAAAUAAAAAAAGAUAGUUCAUAUACGUGUUUGAGCUUUUGAGUGUGCAGAAAAUUAUAUCUAAUUAGAUUGCAAAAAGAGCAGCAAAUAUAAAGUUAUAUUUCUGUUCACAUAUUUAGAGAGGUUCUCUGCUAGUUCCUUGUGGUUCAAAAAAAUCCAAAAAAAAAGAGAAAGAAAAAGAAAACCUUAUAGAAAAUUAUAGCCCAUAUAGUGGCAAAACAAGAAGAGUGUUAAUUUUUGAAGUUUUGUUUUUUUUUUUUUUUGAGUGAGUUGAUUUUUUUUACUGGUGGAUCACAGUGAAAUAAAAAAAAAGAAAUAAAAAUGAAAAAUUUAAAUAUUUUAACAAUGUCAAGUUGGACGAGAAUAUCAACAUUUGGAUUACUUUUGUUGCUGGUUUCGUAUUGUGAUUUCAUAGAAGGAGCCCUACGAAAUGUCAGUCUUAUAGUCGAACCACCUGCCGUACGAAAGGGUCAACAUGCCACAUUACGAUGUUUAUACGACCUCAGCGGGGCUCCCCUUUACUCGGUAAAGUUUUACCGUGGACAAUUAGAGUUUUACCGUUAUACACCUGGUGAAAUUCCAAACACCAAAGUUUUUCCAUUUCCCGGACUUUCAGUUAUUAUUCCCAUGUCAAAUGCCAGUCAAGUUGUUAUACGAAAGGUUGGCUUCGGUUUAUCCGGCAACUUUUCGUGUGAAGUAACAGCGGACGCACCACUUUUUUCAACAGCAACAGCGUUUGCUAAACUUCAAGUAGUGGAGUAUCCUGAAAAGCGUCCCAUGCUCUUUACCGAACACAAUCGAUAUGAGCCGGGUGAUGUUUUACGGGCAAACUGCAGUACUCCCCCAUCGAGGCCAAGAGCUGAAUUGAAAUUCACAAUCAAUAAUAUGGUGGUGUCUUCCGGCGAAACGGAAUACAUCCGGACGGUUGACAGUUUAAUGGCCUCGAGGAUAAGUUUAAAACUUCAAUUGCAGGCCAUUCAUUUUACGGGCGGCGGUAGUCCUUUGCUAUCGAAUAAUGGUGGAAGCAGCAAUGGAGGUAACAUGAAUGGUAAUCAAAUGCUGAAUUCUCUUCACAACAAUCAGCUGGGCAGUGGCAGUGGCGGCGGCGGCCACCCCGCUGGGGGCAGUCUGGUCCUCCGGUGUACAGCCCAAAUUGGUGACUUGUAUCAAGAGUAUAAGGAAAUAGAGUUGGGAACGCCGCAACGGGAUCCAAUUCCAGCAAGAGUGACACUAUCAUCCGGGUCCGGCUUGAAAAGUUUCUUCAAUUUGUAUUUUUCAUCGUCCUCAUCCUCACCAUCAACAUUACAGACAAAGUUGCUGGCAAUCAGUAUAGCUUCAGGUGUAAUUGGAAGUUUUCACUGGCUACAAUAUAGAUAUAGAUAGUUGAAUUUAACAUUGUAUGCUUUAAAUUAAAUGCGUCAUUUAAAAAAAAAAACAAAAA